AUGGCCGGGCAGCCUCCGCGCUCUGGCCGGAAGAUGCCACCGCGCGCCGCGGGGCGCGCCCGACGCCGGAAGCGGCGGCUGCAGCCCCCGACCUGGGAGAUCUCGGACUCGGACAUCCAGGGCCCCGCGGGCGAGGAGGCCGCCGCCAGGGUCCGGGACCCGGCGGAGGAGCGCAGGGCGGCGGCCGAGGUGCUGCGGCCCGAGCAAGCCGUGCAGCGCCUGGCGGUGCUCGUGGACCCAGCCAUUCUGGAAGAUGCCGGUGCCGACAUCCUGAUGGAGGCUCUGGACGCCCUGAGCUGUGAGUACCGCGUGGAGCCCGAGCGCCCUGCAUGGAGCCUCAGGUGGAGCAGAGUGAAGCCAGACCCUUGCUCCCUCAGUGUGCCUCCUGAGGUGUGGGCUGCGGAUGAGCAGGACCGGCUGCUGCUGCUGGAGCCUGAGAAGUUUCUGCAGGGCGUUGUCCAGCUGACCCAGACAUGUGGCCCAACCUGUUUUGUGCCCUGGAUCAGUCCUGAGAGCCCUGCCUGCCUCCACUUGGCUAUCAUUGCUGAUGUUUACCUGUGGUCUUACCAGUCCAGCACCCAGGAGACAUGGCAGCCAGAGCGUCUAGUGGUGGCUCGUGCCUAGGUGGCAGUUGGCUGGCCCGAAGUGGAGGAGGCCCUGGUGCUCCUGCAGCUCUGGGCAAACGUGGAUGUGCUAUUGGUGGCCUCCUGGCAGGAGCUGACUUAGCAUGUGUGUGCCUUCACCAAGGCCCUCACCCAGCGUCCCUUCAAGCAGUCCCGGGAGUCUGGGGCCUUUUCCUUCUGCACCACCGUGCGCUGGGCAGCAGCCGAGAAGGUGGCAAGAGAUGGCACCGGCCUGCGGGGAGCCUGGUGGCAGCAGAUCAGGCAGUUCAACUGCGUCAGCUCGGCUGUGGCCAAUGCUGUUGUUGCCACCUUCCCUUCCCCCUGCCUUCUGCAACAGGUGUAUGUGGCCUGUGGCAUGGAGCAGGGGCGCCUAGCCCUCCUGGCUGACCUCCCUGUGAGGAUGGGCAAGGGUGUGCGGCCCCAUAGGUUGGGACCUGACCUCUCCCGCUGCAUCUGCCUCUUCCUGACGACCACCAUCCCCGACCUCCCGCUGGACCUGGGCUCCUGA